AUGGAUGACAGCGGCCGCCUGACGCACAUCUGGUGGCAAACGAGAGAGCAGCCUUUCAUGGACGAGUUCAGUCGUUUCGCCCUGCUGUUCGCGACCUCAGCGCUGAACAUGGUCCUGCUGGAAAGCAACAGGCUCCUUGAGUUCCCGUCGGGGUUCAAGUGCACGUGGUACGGGCUGCCGCACCCUGUCCAGUUCACGAUUCUGAUUUUGAUGCCGGCGCUCCUGUACGGAGUAAACCGGCUCUUCGACAGGCUCGAAAAGGCUUCGCACGCCGGCCUCUGCCCCCACGCCACCGCCGCUUGCGUGGAAGAGAAAGAAGGCGGGCGUCCCGAACAUGUCGAAGGCGCAGUAUGUCAACGGAAGCUGGACGCUUGCUCUACCAAGGGAAGUCCACGCGCGCCUUUGCCCCUACGUCACCACCGCCUGGAUGGAAAAGAGAAGGCCGGGGCGUCCUGCAUGUGUCGAAGGGACAUGAUAUCAACAGAAGCUGGGCGCUAGCUCCAGGAAGGGGCUCCAAGAGUUCUCAUUCGAUAGUUGUGCACUGCUGUGUUGGGGGUGAAGCAUUUCCCCAUCAUAUCUCCACGGGAUGGGCUAGAAAGUGCACGAUGGUCCAGGUUUCGGGUUCGCGCAGCAUAUCGAUGGCACAUGAAUGUAGCAGCUGCGUGCAUAGAGGGGUUGUAGCGCGUGUGUUGUUAAUUGACAGCUCCAAGGGAGGGCUUUCGUGCGUGUCUCCGGUGUCCAUUUUACGCCAUGCCCGAUCCGUUUCAGGGUGUCAGCGGGAGGUCGAAACACACACUCAAAUUACCCGUAUUGACUACCACAAUAUAUCAAAUUACACGCAUAGACUACACUACAAUAUAUUCGACUACAUACGUGUACAUAGGUUAAGCUAGACGAGACUACGUGUUUACCGUAGUUCCAUCAUUUUCCGGUGUCGUAACGUUCUUUAAUCCCUUGAUCCAAAGGCGUGUUUUGAACAUGAAGUUGCCAACGUAGCCAGUUCAGGCGCUCGUGUUAUGACAAGUUUUUGGGCCUGCUAGAAGGAUGUACAAU